AAGUGUAUUUAAAAAAAAAAAAAGCCACAAUGAAGCUACCAACGGUGUUUCUGUUGACUAUUUCGUGUGCCCUGGGACUCGAACAGGAGUCCUGCUAUCUAUGUAAGGAAAAGGAGGAUCAAAAGGUGAUAAUUGAAAAAGAAAACAAUGACAGCAACGUGAACUCAGUGACGAAAGUUGAAGCUACUAACACUACCACUAGUCCGUCGAAUUCUGAAAAACCAAUCAGAGUCCUACCAGAUCGUUGCCCAGCAACACAAGGUACAUUUUCUUUCUACCCAGAAAUCCAAAUCCCAGGAUUCGAACCUUUUGAGAGUUCGGGUUCAACGGAAUUCAAUAGUACAUAUGAGGAGUACAUCAACGGAUUUGGAGAUCCGAAGGGUCUUUGGUUCAUUGGACUCGAAAAAUUACAUAUUUUAACUAAUUGGAAGCCUCAUAAGGUUUAUAUAUACGAUUUCUAUGGAAGAUAUUCUAUAAGAUGCGCCAACUUUGUUGUGGGCGACAAGGGCGAAGGCUACAUGCUGAAGAAGCUUGAGGGAUGCACUGGAGAUAUAUCGCAUUUCAAUCUAACUCAGGGAACCAAGUUCUCAGCAUACGAUCGAGAUGAGGACGGUAAUCUGGAUAAAAACUGGGCGAAGGAAUUGGGCUUUGGAUGGUGGUUCAGUUCUGGGAAUUACGACCUGUAUUACGAAUACCUGUAUUAUUUGAAUUUGUACAUCCGAAGGAAAGAUUGAAAUAAGAAACCACUCUUCGAAAAAGACUUUGGAAAAUAAAAAAAAUUAUGAAAAGACAUCUGGAAUUUGAAAAUGUCCACCAUAUUUUGUACUUAUUGUUAAAAAUGAAUUAAAUAUUCGAAAUGAAAAUAAAA